AGGUGCUGGUGCAAAAACAGUUUAGCAAUGGAUCAAAGAAAAAAUGAUAGUUUUGUCCCAAGUAUCACGCAGUUGGAAGACUUCCUAACAGAGCAUGACUCCAACGUUGUUUGGCUGUUAGUAGCGACAAUAUUGUCUUGUGGAUGGAUUAUCUACCUAACUUAUUAUAAUUCCCGGAACAUUGGACUCAUUUUAACAUUGGUUCUUAACAGAUUAUAUAAACAUGGCUACAUCCAUAUUGGUUCCUUUUCGUUCUCUGUACUGUCUGGAAAAGUCAUGGUUCGCGAAAUCUAUUUCAUCACAGAAGACAUGUCUAUCAGAAUUCAAGAUGGAUUUAUCAUAUUUCGCUGGUGGAAGAUGUACAACCCUAAGCAGAAACAGCAUGACCCAAAGGCAGAAACACGACUGUAUAUUAUGGUGAAUGACUUUGAAUUUCACGUGUACAACCGUUCUGAGCUUUAUGGACAACUUCAAGAACUAUUUGGCUUGGAUCCCACGAUAAUUCCAGCAAAGAAAGAUGAUGAAAAAGCACAAGUAAACGGGAGACAGAGAACACAUACCAAUCUUGAAAGUGUUAAAGUAAAAACAGAAUCUCAAGACCCUUCUUCUUCAUGGAGAUCACUUAUUCCAGUCAUUAAAGUCAAUGUGAGCACGGGUCGCUUGGCAUUUGGGAAUCAUUAUCAGCCACAAACACUUUGUAUUAACUUUGAUGAUGCUUUUUUGACAUAUACCACAAAACCGCCUUCAAGCCACCUUGACCAGUUUAUGCACAUUGUGAAAGGAAAAUUGGAAAAUGUUAGAGUCAUGCUGGUUCCAAGUCCGAGAUAUGUUGGUCUUCAAAAUGAUGAACCACCGAGGCUGAUGGGUGAAGGUUUUGUUGUAAUGCAGUCCAAUGAUGUUGAUAUCUAUUACUAUAUGGAUGAACCAGGUCUUGUACCAGAGGAGACGGAGGAAAGUAACGAUGGAGAAGCAAACAACGAAGACAGCAAGUUACAGGAUUUGCCACCAUGUUGGGGUUUGGAUAUUGUUUGUGGAAAAGGAACGGACUUCAACUAUGGACCUUGGGCUGAUAGGCAGAGGGAUUGCUUGUGGAAGUUUUUCUUCCCACCAGACUACCAAGUUAUGAAAGUGUCAGAAAUUGCUCAGCCUGGGAAACCAAGACAGAUUCUCGCUUUUGAACUGCGGAUGAAUAUUAUUGCAGAUGCCACCAUUGAUUUACUUUUUACCAAAAAUAGGGAGACUAAUGCUGUACAUGUAAAUGUUGGUGCAGGAUCAUAUUUGGAAAUAAAUAUUCCCAUGACAGUAGGUGAAAAUGGUUAUUCACCUACAAUUAAAGGGCAGCUUCUGCAUGUUGAUGCCACCAGCAGUAUGCAGUACCGGACUCUCUUAGAAGCCGAAAUGCUAGCUUUUCAUAUUAAUGCCAGCUAUCCGCGGAUAUGGAACAUGCCACAGACAUGGCAAUGUGAACUUGAGGUUUAUAAAGCAACCUAUCAUUUUAUCUUUGCUCAGAAAAACUUCUUUACAGAUUUGAUCCAAGACUGGUCCAGUGAUAGUGCACCUGACAUUUUUUCAUUUGUUCCUUAUAUGUGGAACUUCAAAGUCAUGUUUCAUCAAUUUGAAAUGAUUUGGGCAGCAAAUCAACACAACUGGAUUGACUGUUCCACCAAACAACAAGAAAAUGUUUAUCUAGCAGCUUGCGGAGAAACAUUGAACAUUGUUUUCUCUCUGCCUUUCACUGACUUUGUUCCAACCACAUGCAAUACCAGAUUUUCUUUAAGGGGAGAAGAUGUUGAUCUUCAUUUGUAUCUACCAGAUUGUCAUCCUAGUAAAUACUCACUUUUCAUGUUGGUGAAAGAUUGUCAGCCUAAUAAAAUAAGUCCUGAAUCUUGUAUUUCUGCCGAAUGUCAAAGUGGUCAGAAAACAGGCAAACCCAAAUGGAGGAACAUUACUCAAGAAGAGGCUGGAUGGGUUGAAUGCUGGACGGUCCCGAGUGUUGUGUUUACAAUUGACUACUCAUGGCACCCAAUUUAUCCUCAGAAGGCAGAUGAGCAGUUAAAACAAUCCUUGUCAGAAAUGGAAGAAACAAUGUUAUCUGUGCUAAGGCCAUCGCAGAAAACAGCCGAGAGUGUGAUUUCAUCUCCCACAACUUCAACCCGCCUUCCCCUUGAUCCCUCAGAGCUGCCCCCGGAUAAGCUCCAUGUGGAACUGGAACUCUCCCCAGAUUCCCAGAUAACCCUGUAUGGACCCCUGCUCAAAGCCUUUCUGUCCAUAAAGGAAAAUUAUUUUGGAGAAGAUGACAUGUACACUGAUUUUGAAGAAGUUGUUUCAAGCCCUGUUUUGUCACUGUCAACAUCUUCAAGCUCUGGAUGGACAGCUGUUGGAGUGGAAAAUGACAAGAAAGAAAAUGAAAGUUCAGUCAAGCCAGUUCACCCUCUUACAUUACGCCCAUGGGAUAUUACUGUGCUUGUUAAUUUGUACAAAGUGCAUGGGCGAUUACCAGUGCAUUGCAGCCCAGAUGGUCCUGAGUGCCCUACAGCUUUCUUGGAAAGGUUGUGUUUUGAGAUGAAGAAAGGAUUUAGAGAAACAAUGCUUCAACUUGUACUAUCUCCAGUGAAUUUGUUUCUGAAUGACAACUAUCAGCGACCUGCAGUGGAUGAAGUUCUUCGAGAGGGUCACAUCAGCCUGUCAGGUCUGCAGUUGCGCGCUCAUGCAAUGUUUUCAGCGGAAGGUCUGCCUCUUGGAAGUGAUACUUUAGAGUAUGCAUGGCUGAUAGAUGUACAGGCUGGAAGUCUUACAGCCAAAGUUACAGCACCACAGCUUGCGUGUCUUCUGGAAUGGGGGCAGACCUUUGUAUUUCAUGUGGUGUGCCGGGAGUUUGAACUGGAAAGGCCAAAAUCUGUAAUAAUAUGCCAGCAUGGAAUUGAUCGUCGGUUUUGUGACUCUAAGAUGAACUGUGUCCCUGGGCCAUGCCCAACAUCUGAUGACUUAAAGUACACUAUGACACGCUUAGCCAUGGAUGGAGCAGAUCUGUAUGUGGUAGAACAUGGCUGUGCCACCAAUAUAAAGAUGGGUGCUGUACGUAUUGCAAACUGCAACCUCCACAACCAGUCUGUUGGAGAAGGUGUAAGCGCUGCUAUUCAAGACUUUCAACUGAGACAAUAUGUUGAGCAAGUGAACAAUUGCAGAACUGGUCUUCAGCCAAUAUUAAGGAGGGCUUAUUGGCUGGAAGCUGGCUCUGUCAACUUGGGGCUCAUCACUGCUGACAUUGCUUUAGCCGCAGAUCAUCCUUCUAAACAUGAAGUGCAGAGACAGUUCUUAGAAACGCAUGAUAACAGAACUAAGAGAUUGUGGUUUUUGUGGCCUGAUGAUAAUUUGAGGAAUAAGAGAAGCAAGAACAAGUGUGGCUGUCUUGGUGGCUGUCGAUUCUUUGGUGGCACGUUAACAGGACUAGAUUUUUUCAAACUGGAGGAACUGACACCUUCAAGCAGCUCUGCUUUCUCAAGUACAAGUGCAGAAUCUGAUAUGUUUUAUGGGCAAUCAUUACUGCAGCCAGGAGAAUGGAUAAUUACUAAGGAGAUUCCUAAAAUUUUAGAUGGCAAAGCAAAUGGUGUAAAACGAAAAGAUUGGGAUUGCAGAUCUAUGGGUAUAGAAAUAGAAAGAAAAGCACAACAUCUAAGCCUACAAGUGCCAUUGCGCUCCCAUAGCUCCUCGUCAUCGUCGGAGGAAACGAGCAGUUCUAGUGCUGCACUCCCCUUGCUUGCAGGUGAGAAGGACAGCCCAUCGUCAACUGCUGAGGAUCACUUGGGACAGAAGGAGUUCUUGUCUGGUGCAAAAAGGGAGGAUGGUCAUGGAAGUGUUGCAGUUGAGGGUGCAGAGGGCAGCCCUGCAUCCCCUGGCAACCAGGAAAGGCCUGUUGGUCAGUCUCCCCUGAGGUCUCCGCUGAAACGGCAAGCGUCUGUGUGCUCCACUCGGCUUGGGAGCACCAAGAGCCUGACGGCAGCCUUCUACGGAGACAAGCAGCCUGUUCCAGUUGGUGUGCAGUUCAGCAGCGAUGUGUCUCGCAGUGAUGAGAAUGUCCUGGACUCCCCAAAGCAGAGGAGGAGCUUUGGUUCUUUUCCGUAUACUCCAUCUGCAGAUUCAAACUCAUUUCACCAGUAUCGCUCAAUGGAUUCCAGUAUGUCAAUGGCUGAUAGCGAAGCUUAUUUUUCUGCAGCAGAAGAGUUUGAGCCAAUAAGUAGUGAUGAAGGUCCAGGAACCUAUCCAGGGAGGAAGAAGAGAAAAAAGCAAGCUCAGAAAAUUGAAUAUAGUAGAGGGUCUAUUUAUCACAGUGUGGAAGGGCCCUUAACAAGCACAAUCCAUGGAGAAAUUAAUCAAGAUGUUAAAAUGUUGCCAAUUAAGACUCAUCCUUCACAGGCUUCAUUUGUUUCGGCUCUGGGAGGAGAGGAUGAGCAUGUUGAGAACAUGUAUGUCAUGGAAUCUGAGAAGACUGUGGAAAGUGAGCAAAUAACUUCCCAGCAGCCUGUAAUGGCAUGUUACCAAAAUUAUCUUACACAGUUCCAGGUGAUCAACUGGUCAGUAAAGCAUCCAACUAACAAAAGAACUUCAAAAUCCUCAUUACAUCGCCCUUUAGACCUUGACACACCAACAAGUGAAGAAAGUUCGUCAUCUUUUGAGCAACUUUCUGUCCCAACUUUUAAGAUUGUUAAACAGGGUCUCACAGCUAAUUCGUUACUGGACAGAGGCAUGCAGCUUACAGGAUCAACGUCUAAUACACCUUAUACUCCUUUGGAAAAGAAGUCUGCAGAAAAUACAGAUGAUGAAACAAUAACAGAAGAAUGGACUUUGGAUCACCCUGUCUUCCAGACACGGACAACAGCAAUAGUAGAAGUAAAAGGAACUGUAGAUGUAGUUCUGACUCCUCUUGUAGCAGAGGCACUGGAUAGGUAUAUAGAAGCAAUGGUGCAUUGUGCUAGCUCUCGACACCCAGCAGCAAUCGUUGACGAUCUGCACUGCAAAGUUCUUCGGGAUGCUGUACAGAACAGCAAAACAAGCUUCUCGGAAAAUUUAUCUUCGAAGCAGGAUGUUAGAGGAACAAAAAUAGACACUACCACUACAGGAACAACAAACCAGGGACCAGCACAGACCAAUCUCUCAAUUAAGCAAGAUAAUGUGACAAUUAAGGGUCUUCAGGCCAACGUUACUGUACCAAAGGUGAACCUGUGUUUACUACAAGCAUCUGUCGAUGAAUCCCCAGGGGUUUCUUCUAGCAAAACCGUGACUCAUGUUUCAUUAGUAGCUUUGUGUUUUGAUAGAAUUGCUACGCAAGUUCGUAUGAAUAGGGGUAUAGUUGAGGAGACUUCAAACAAUGCAGAAACUGGGAGGAAUUCUGUCACAUUUGAUCGUUACAUCCAAACCAGUAAAAUGCAGCCCCAGUCGUCUGGCUCACUGAGAUCCAAUGCUGGAGCAGAAAAAGGAAAAGAAAUUGCUGCUAAAUUGAACAUCCAUCGUGUUCAUGGACAACUUAGAGGCCUUGAUACAACAGAUAUUGGAACUUGUGCAAUAACAGCUAUUCCUUUUGGGAAAUCAAAAGUUCUUUUUACUUUGGAAGAGUUGGAUGAGUUUGCUUUUGUGGAUGAAACAGAUCAACAAGCUGUUCCAGAUGUAACUCGAAUCGGUCCUAGUCAAGAGAAGUGGGGCUGGAUAAUGUUUGAGUGUGGAAUUGAAAAUUUAACUAUAAAAGGAGGAAGACAAUCCGGAGCAGUAUUGUACAACACAUUUGGAGUCAUGGGUAAAUCGAGAGAUACAGAGAGAGGUGGAUUGCUUGCAUCAAAUAACUCUUCAGAUUCUCCAACUGGUAGUGGUUAUAAUACUGAUGUGUCUGACGAUAACCUUCCUUGUGAUAGGAUAAGUCCCUCUUCAGAUAUUAAUGGAAACUCAGUUUCAGAUGAGCAGGAUGAAGGGGUUGAAUCUGAUGAUCUAAAAAAAGAUAUACCCUUGCUGCCUCCUCCCCCUGACUCUUGCAGCAUGAAGUUAACAAUCAAAGAAAUUUGGUUUAGUUUUGCAGCCCCUACCAAUGUGCGCUCUCCAGCCCAUAUAUUUUCAAGGCAGCUGAACCUCCUGAGCACUGCAACGCCUGCAGUUGGUGCUUGGCUUGUUCCCAUUGAUCAAGUGAAAUCAUCAUUAAAUAAACUAGAAACUGAAGGAACUCUGCGAAUCUGUGCUGUUAUGGGUUGCAUUAUGACAGAAGCUUUAGAG